CUUCUUCUUCCUCGGUCUAUAGCGGGCGCUCACUAGCGCUUUCAAUCCACUUGCUCUUUCUUCUCGAGUUCAUCGACUCUUUCGACUCGUGAAUCGAUGAAUCGAUCGGUUUCGAUCGAUCAACUAGCUCGUGUCGAUCUCUUCCUGUAAAUCUUCUCCAGGCUAUAGAAAUCUUCCGUGUAGAUUUACUUACAGCGACAGGAAAGGAGAAACCGCGAGUGGUGGAAAGCUCGUUUCUCAGAUUUUGGGUGUGGGUCUAGAGCUCUCCAGAAGCAUUAGCUUGAGAUUGGAACCUUGGAAAGGAAGGAUUUGUAGAGUCACACAGGGAUUUGGAACGGAGAAUGAGGCCGCGGCAACACCAGCACCAGCAAGAGCAAAGUUCCCAGGAUUGAAUGGCAGCUGCGAAUCGAGAAGUGGAGGCCGUGCCUUUGCUCCACUUGCCUGGCUCGCUCGCAAGCGAUCAUCACCAGGGCAUGCAAGGCCUUUCAGUCGCUGCUCCUCCGCAUUAUAUAGGAUCGUUCGUGGCGGAUCCUCUGAGAGAUCAGAGCGGCGCUUACGAUCUGGGAGAGCUGGAGCAGCCUCUGAGCUUCGGGAUCGACGGUGGCAGCGAGCACAGCUUCGAAAGACGAAGCGCGAUCGCCCAAGCAAGAAACACGUUGAACAUUCUUCCCGCCGGUCCUGUGCGCUUCGACAACACCCCUCCAAACAACAAGCAGCAGCACCCAGGCUCGUCGCAAGUCACCUCACCGUCUGCGGCGAGCACAGACUCUCGGUUCUCGCAAUACACGUCCUCGGGACGAGGCGGCAUUCAACCUGGCUUUGAGUCGCCAACUAGCCGCUUGGACAAUUGGGGGGAUUCGAGAACCACGGACAACAACAGCCCCAGGACCGACACCUCCACGGACAUGGAAACUAAUGUUAUCAAGUCAGAACAAAACCAGCAGCAAGCAGCAGGGGCAGCAGGAUCAAACCACCACCAUCGCCGCGAGCAUAAAAAUCUGGAUGCAAAGGCACUGCGGAGGCUGGCCCAGAAUCGAGAGGCCGCUCGCAAGAGUCGACUACGAAAGAAGGCAUACGUUCAGCAGCUUGAAUCGAGCCGGAUGAAACUAAACCAGCUCGAGCAAGAGCUUCAGCGCGCUCGUCAACAGCAGGGCUUCUACGUCGGCGCUGGGGGCUACGGAGAGCACCUCGCCGGAGCUAAUGCACCAUUAAAUCCAGGUGCCGCUGCCUUUGACAUGGACUACGCACGGUGGCUGGAAGAGCAACACAGGCAGCUAUGCGAGCUCCGGAGCGCUCUCCAGUCUCACGUCGCGGACAACGAGCUGAGAGUUUUGGUGGACAACGGCCUGGCGCACUACGACGAGAUCUUCCGGAUGAAGAGCGUCGCGGCCAAGGCCGACGUCUUCCACCUCGUCUCCGGGAUGUGGAAGUCUCCCGCCGAGCGCUGCUUCAUGUGGAUGGGAGGAUUCAGACCCUCGGAGCUUCUCAAGAUCUUGAUUCCACAGCUGGAGCCCCUCACCGAGCAGCAGCUGAUGGGAAUUUGCAACCUCCAGCAAUCCUCGCAGCAGGCCGAGGACGCUUUGUCGCAGGGAAUGGAGGCUCUCCAGCAGUCCCUCUCCGACACUCUGGCCUCGGGAUCGCUGGGGGCCUCGUCCAACGUCGCAAACUACAUGGGACAGAUGGCUAUGGCCAUGGGGAAGCUCGGCACUCUGGAAAACUUUGUUCGUCAGGCUGACAACCUUCGCCAGCAAACGCUCCAGCAAAUGCACAGGAUUCUCACCACGAGACAAGCCGCCAGGGGACUUUUGGCGAUGGGCGACUACUUUGCAAGGCUCCGAGCCUUGAGCUCUCUGUGGUCGGCCCGUCCCAGGGAAUGAAGAACGAGCAAUCCAUCAACCACAAAUCUCCAUUCCAUCCCAACUCUUCGUUCCACCAUGAUCAUCAAUCAGCUUUGAUCCAGUCAAGGGCGCUUCGAUGCGCCUUGAAGGUCGAAAACUCCUGCCGGCCAACGAGACGAACGAGAUGAUCUCGCAAACUGUGGAUGAUCCAAUCCAGGGGACAGACGUACUACGAUUUCUAACGAACAACGCACGAAUCCGAGACGACAGCAAUGGAACAAGUACUGUGAAUACAUUUGAAAGAGGCCAAAGCCGACGUGAUUUUUGUACAAGGAGGUGGCGGACACCGUUUGGCCUGUGUAACAUCCCUAAUGUGAAUUUGAUUUUGAAUAAACAUUAAUGAUCAUGCAAAUAAACUGAAAUUUGUCUGCGCU